AAACAGAGGGACGUUAUGAAAACUGUGAAGCGUCUAACGCUGACGUUUGAUAAGUCAGUCGAAUCGAAGCAGCGCUUGUGUCCAAACGGCUCCCAAAUCUACCCAAAGCGAUCGAUUCGGGCCGCGGUAACGUUAAGUCAGCCUUGUUGUGGUGUGACGUCAGCGGGGUUCUCGGAAGAGACGACCCGCCGCGGCGGACAUCGCGGCGCCGUCCACAUGUCGCGUGACUCCGCUGCCGCGUCACGCCGCGCUGUCGUGUACUUUUCGCUUCACCAAACUUUAGGGAGUUGUUUUUUUUUUUGGUUAUUGUCGUGUUUAAGUUGAUUUUGUGUGUAGCUUUUGGUUAGAGACGGCGGAGGUCUUCAUGAGCCCACACCGCCUCAGCUCCAUCCCUAGAUCUCCAUCGCUCUCUCUAGCCAUGUCGUCGCGCACGUUGCUGAAGCAGCAGCUGAUGCGGGAACACGCCCAGGAGCAGGAGAGACGCGAGGCCCUGCACCAGGCCUCCGCCUCUCAGCUCCGCGCCUCCGACUCCACUCCAGCCAUCUCUGUCACAAUGUCCCCCUAUGCUGCCCGGCCCCCUCCAGCACAGGUGCCCGUGGAGGUGCUUAAAGUGCAGACCCACCUGGAGAACCCCACCAAGUACCACAUCCGGCAGGCUCAGAGGCAGCAGGUGAAGCAGUACCUCUCCACCACUCUUGGCAACAACGUGAUUACCCAGACCAUCGGUGUGUCGCCGGUGCCGCAGUCCAGUUCCGCCCCUGAAGUUGCUCUCACUGCCAGCAGUGCCCCUAACAGUCCCAUGGCUCUACUCAACAUCGGAUCCAACAAGGAGGAAAUUGACGACGUGAUAGACGACAUCAUUAGCCUUGAAUCCAGUUUCAAUGACGAAAUCACUACCUUGAUUGACUCAGGGCUUCAGUUGCCCAACACGCUCCCGGGGAACCUGUUGGAUGUAUACCACAGCUCUGGAAUGGCCGCGCCCACUCUCACUGUCAGCAACUCCUGCCCGGCUGAUCUUCCAAAAAUUAAAAGGGAAAUUACAGAUGUAGACGCCAAAGCAAUAAUGAAAGAAAGGCAGAAGAAAGACAACCAUAACCUCAUUGAGAGGAGGCGGCGAUUCAACAUCAACGACCGCAUAAAGGAGCUUGGUACUCUGAUACCCAAGUCGAACGACCCAUAUCACAAUGACGUCAGCGAGAUGCGCUGGAACAAAGGCACUAUACUGAAAGCCUCAGUAGACUACAUCCGCAAGUUGCAGAAGGAGCAGCAGAGAGCCAAGGACAUCGAUAUGCGUCAGAAGAAGCUGGAGCUCGUAAACCACAAUCUGAUGUUACGCAUCCAGGAACUGGAAAUGCAGGCGCGGCACCACAGCCUGAGUCCGGAUCCAUCCCUUCUACAUCAGCAGCAGGUCCAGCACGGCGGUCCGUCACUGCCCCAAGGUGCAGACGGCGUCUCCUCCCAAAACCUCCUCAGCAUGGGCGCGUCCGGCAUCGGACAGCCUCUGCCGGCCUCCUUCCUGUCCCCGCCCUCCUCUGACUCUCCGGCAGGAGUCACCAUCAGCAGCCCGCUGGACCUGGGGGGCCUGAGCUUCGCCGAGCUGGACGACGACUCUGCCUCGGGACUCUACCCCGACGUGGGCUUGGGAGACUUUUUAAUGGACGAGGUGUACACGCUGUCCCCAGAGAGGAUGGCCGAGCCGCUCUUCUCCCCCUUGUCGCCCGGUGCCUCGAAAGGCAGCAGUCGCAGGAGCAGCCUUGAAAUGGACGAGGACCUGUGAUGGGGCUUUCUGUAGGGACAGAAAGGGCAGUCUAUCCUUAAGUAACCGCAGUCUAUUCGUAGGACUGUACAAUGGAACAUAGAAAUAGCUACCGUUUAAGAUCAAAAUUAACAUGUUCUUGAUUUUAUUUUUAUUUUUGCCAUACAGGCCUAAUUAUUAUUGUUUGGAGCCGGUCCGAUUUGAUUAUGUCUAGGUCUAUAAAGGUCUAUAAAUGCAAUCUUAUUCAAAUGAAAUCUUGUAUCGUAGGGGCUUGGACUUCCAUUCUCAUUUAGUUUUAAAUAUUUACUUCAGAGAUCUAAGAGGGACAUAACGUUUGCUUGAAUUUAUUAUGUGCUCAUAGGGAAGAAAGCUGUGAGGUUUCAUUUUUUCACAACAACACUGGCAUAAAAAACUGCGAUGCCAACGUACAUUAUAUUUUCUUUUUCACGGGGUGGAUUCAGGGUUUGUUUAUAGCGGUUGCAUGCUCUUCCACGUUUGGUUUCACCAGCAGCUACAGAAAGGAUCUUUCUACAGUGAAUUGGCACAUUUUUAGAUAUUUACUGAAUUUUGUAUAUAAGAAUAUUUUAUUUUGAGCAAUUUAAUUGCACCUUAUUUUACGGCAGUCUAUGCAUUUUAUGAGCGCUUUUGUCCGUUUUUAUUGCUAUCACACAGAGGGGACAGGUUGCAUGUAUUUGUAAUACAUUUUAAAAGCAAUGUAACAUUCACUUGCUGCUGCAGCUAGUCGGCCAAAGCAGGACUUCUUCCUGAGUAGCGACAAAUUACAAAUCAGCGUUUUAUUUUUUUGAAUAUAUUCAGGAGCCCCAAGAAAAGAGCAGCCGGGGACGGCUUUGCGUGUGUCCUGCUGCGCACAGACCUACGGAUGCAAGUCUCACUAAGAGAAUGGCUCGCUUUUUCAACUUAAAGUAAACUGACAUAUUUAACAAUAUGCACCACAUCAUGCCAAUAUGUGUAGUGUUUGACAAGGCAGGACACAACACAGGGUGUCGUCCCCUUUGCCAACUGUUUUUAAAUUUGUUUAACCAAUAACCAAAAGGUAUUUGCUUCACAGAGGUAUAUAAAAACAGAAAAUACAUCACCGAAACUGGAUCGAGAUUAUGUUUUUUUUCUAGAAUUGGCACAAUAAUCUGCUGAGCCACAAUAAAGCCUCUGAUCUCUGGACACAUA